AUGGUGAAUGGACUCAAGGUUGAAGAUAGACUUGAUGGUGCCUCCAACUUCACCUCUUGGAAGUUUAGAGUCCUAAUUGCGUUAGAAAAAAAUGAUAAUUUCGAAUUUGUGGAGAAAGAAGUUCCUGAGCCUGAUGAUGAGACUGAGAAAACACAAUGGAGGAAGAAUGAUACGAAGGCCAAGAAGAUAUUGAUUGAAUCCAUAAAGGAUCACCUUGUACCUAUUAUAUCCAAGUUAAAGACGACCAAAACCAUGUUUGAGACUCUACAAGGCAUGUAUGAAAUAAACAACACCAUAAUGGCUCUUGCAUUGAGGCAACAGUUUCAUCACAUUAAAAUGGCUAAAGGAGAAUCUAUCCUCUCCUUCUUCAUGAAGACCACUGAGUUGAAGGAUCAACUAGGUGCCAUAGGAGAUGAAGUUGAAAACAGAGACCUGGUUAUGUUGGCUUUAAAUGUUCUUCCACAAUCUUGGGAGUCCUUCAUCCAAAGAAUCAGUGGAAGAUCCAAAUUGCCAAAGUUUGAUUGCCUUAGAGCAAAUUGCAUUCAAGAAGAAUCAAGGUUGGCCGCAAGAGGUAUUGAUCGUAGCUCUUGCAAUGAAGAUAAUUAUGUUCUUGCUACUCAAACUUCAAAUAGGAAAAGAAGAGAAGGGAGAAAAGGAAAUUUCAAAAGAAAUAGAAACAGGAAAUUAGAUGCUACUCCUAAAUGA